AAAGUAGCAGUUCAUCAACUUGUGUAUGUUGGAAAACUGAGAGAAGAGUCAACUUCUCAAAAAGCUGCUGAUCAUAUUCACAAAACAAUAAAGAUGCUUCAUGAAAAAUAUCUAGAAAUUGGUGGAGGAACAGGUCUACUUUUAUUUCAAGGCUCUUACUUUGUGCAUCAAAUUGAAAGUUCUAGACAAUUUCUGGAUGAUCUGAUGCAAGAAAGUUCGUCUGACAUGGAUUUACCAGAUGGUUACUUUAAAGAAGUGAAGAUUAUUAUAAUAUCACAUAAUAUACCGAGACGUUUAUUUUCUCAAUGGAACUGGAUAGUGAUCAGAAAAAGCACAAGUUGUCUUCAAAGGGUUGAUGAUGACACUUCUACUGUGAAUGAGCUGUUGCAGCAGCUUCUGAAACUAGCAGCUUACUUGGAAAAUCUGCCAAAGUUGGAUCUAUGCAGUAUUUUGGAAGAACUUACAGAAAGAGUACCUCAGUUAAUUCCAAAAGAAGAAACUCUGCAGUCUGUCCUCCAGCAAGCCAUUUUCUUAACACCUAAAGAUUUUAUUAGCAGAUUUCUAUUACCAAGAAAUAAAACACUUGAAUCAGAUAUUACCUGGCCAGCACCAAUAAGACUAAUAAUGUAUAUACUAAAAGACAAUUAAGAAGAGUAGACUGAAAACAAGUUAUAAAGAAAUUUGAUUUUUGCAGCAUUUUAUGAAAUAGUUAACAAAUAAGUAAGUUAUUAUUAGA